GGGGGGGGGGUUGCAAUAUACGUGAACAAGUGGUUCAGAAGUGAACAAACCACUGACACGGCACUGACAGAGCUCCCAGACUCUAUCUGGUGCCACUUCACGGUCAAACACACCAAAUUCCUAGUUGGAGGAAUCUAUAGGUCCCCUAAUAGCAACUUGGAACACAACCAAAAACUACUCCAAGCAAUAUCCACAGUGUCAACUAUAGGGUACGACCAGAUUUUAAUAGCUGGCGACUUCAACGCUCCAACCCUCAGCCUAGAGCAAGGUGGCACUACCCCGAGCCGGAAGUUCGACUGUAACCUGCUAAACGCCAUCCAAAUGGCUGGACUGCAGGAAAAAAUCAGCGACAACACCCGCUGGGGGUCAGAUGGUAAACCAUCUAGACUGGAUUACCUACUGACUAGUGAUCCCCUUCUGGUUGAAAACGUUCAGGUACAAACCCCUCUUGGAAGUAGCGAUCACGCUACGGUAAUGUUCGACCUGGUAAUUAGUGAAGAGCUAUCAUGGGAGGGACCUCGCCCUUACCUAUGUUACAACAAGGCAAAUUACGAAGGUAUGAACAAGAGCCUUUCAACAGCUUCGUGGCCAGUGGAUUGGUGUUCCUUAUCGAUCGACCAGCACUGGGAACUGGUAAAAGAUAUCAUUAAGGCGGCCGUCUCACAAAACGUCCCUUUGGCGGUAACAACCAGAAAGCGAACGUCAUGGCUAAAACGGGGCACUGAGCGCCUUCUAAAAGCCAAGAGAAGGGCAUGGCACACAUGGAGACUCUCCAGAGAACAGGACGACCAUGACGCAUACAUGACUCUACGGAAUCGAAGCAACAUAAGGGUGCGGGGAGACAGGAGGUCGUUCCAGUCCAACCUCGCCAAAAGGCUUGAGGUAAACCCUAAAAACCUUUACCGAUUCAUGGCAAAAAGAAAAUCGACAAGCCAAGGAGCAUGUGUCAUAAAAGGUCCGAACGGAGAAAACCUCUCUGGACAGGAGAUUGCUGAAAUGCUGAGCACCACAUUUGACACACAGCUCAACAUUCCAUCAAGAAAGUGCGCAUACCAAUUGCACGAACAGCCCCAACGUUACCCGAUGCUACUGAGUUACACGAAAUACAGAUAACUCGCGCUGUUGUUCUCGACAAGCUUUUAAAGUUAAGCGCGGGAAAAUCCCCAGGGUGCGACGACAUUCGCCCAUCUGUGUUGAAAGAAUGUGCAAGUACCCUAAGUGGCCCACUCUGCAACCUCUUCCAACACUCCUUGGAUGAGCGAAAGCUCCCACGAGAGUGGAAACGGGCUAUCCUUUCUCCCAUCUUCAAAGGAGGAGACAGACAGAAUCCCAACUGUUAUAGACCCAUAGCACUUCUACCAGUAAUAUCAAAAGUAAUGGAAAGUGUGAUGGACGACCGUAUCAGAGAAUAUCUGGACACCAAGCGGGCACUCAGUGACGCUCAACAUGGCUUCCGGAAGGGUAGGUCCUGUGCCUCCAACCUCCUGACGGCCCAUGAUCACUGGACAGCAUGCUGGGAUCUCAAGGUCCCUGUCCACGUAAUUUUUCUGGACUUCGCCAAAGCCUUUGACACCGUCUCACACCAUAUCCUAAUACAUAAGAUAGCUGGGUUAGGUAUUCGCAGCCAGGUGCUAUCGUGGCUGCAGAACUACUUAGACAACAGGGAGUUCUGCACGAAAGUCAACAGGGUCUACUCAACUUGGAGAACAUCCUCAUCCGGUGUCUCACAAGGAGCAA